CAUCAUUAGUCAUUGGCCAAGCGUUAGAGCGGCCCUGUCGAUUAAUACCUUUAUCAUUCAAGUGCAAGCUGGGGAAAGAAAGAAAGGAAGUAAAACCUUGCACAGGGAAUAGGGUUACGGGGCUGCAGCUAAAACCCUGUCAUUGGUCUAAUAAAAGGAAAAGCUCAGUGACGGAUUUCUCCAUUGCCGUCGUCAUGUUCGUUUCCAGAUAUACUCAACGACGCUCUUUCAGAAUCCUCGCCUCGCCACUUUCUCACACUACCUUGCAGCAUGCGAUUCUGAGGAGAUACGAUUCGGUGAACAUAAUGUCAAGCAGUGGGAGUAUGAUGAGUUCUCCGGUUAAAUAUGCAGAAGUUCCUAUUUUUACUGCAACGAAUGUGUGGAAUUGCAAUGUUGGAAUGCGGUGGAUGUCAGGGAAAAGCAUGCGGAGCAGAGUGGCAGCCAGAAUGCAAAAUGAGUCCAGCAAAACCCUAAGAGAGAUUCGAAGGUCAAAGAAGUUAAAGUUGAAGCUGAUGACUGAUGAAGAACGAUUAAUUUAUAAUCUCAGAAGAGCAAAGAAAAAAGUGGCUUUGCUACUUCAGAAGCUGAAAAAAUAUGAGCUCCCAGAUUUACCAUCUCCGCGGCAUGAUCCUGAGCUUUUGACUCCUGAGCAACUGCAAGCGUAUAAGAAGAUUGGUUUCAGGAAUAAAAAUUAUGUCCCUGUUGGUGUUCGUGGAGUCUUUGGAGGUGUUGUUCAAAAUAUGCACCUCCACUGGAAGUUUCACGAGACUGUGCAAGUUUGUUGUGAUAAUUUCCCUAAGGAAAAGAUUAAGGAAAUGGCUUCAAUGCUUGCUCGACUAAGUGGUGGAAUUGUCAUUAACAUACAUAAUGUGAAAACGAUUAUUAUUUUUCGUGGCAGAAACUACCGCCAGCCAAAGAAUUUGAUACCUAUCAACACACUUACGAAAAGGAAGGCAUUAUUUAAAGCCCGAUUCGAACAAGCACUAGAAUCACAGAAAUUAAACAUAAAGAAAAUAGAACAAGGGCUCCGGAGGAAGGGAAUAAAUCCUGAUGAUCCAGCUGCCAGAGCCAGCAUCCAGCGAGUAGCAUCCACAUUCUUCAACGCCAUUGAUAAGAAAGAAGGAAGCCCAUAUGUUUUUCAGGAGGAUUAUGGUACUAAGUUGAGUCACAGCAGUACUGUAGACGAAAAACAUUUAACAGCUGAAGACAGUGACCAGGAGGAGCUUGAUGAUUUCAUAGCGCAGAUAGAAAAGGCAGCUGAUGACGAAUGGGCAGCUGAAGAAGAAGCAGAGAAAGAAGAAGCGGGGAAGAUUAGAUAUUGGAACAAAGAAGAUAUAGGUAAUCGAUUCAGAAGAUCUGGAAUGACUGGAAGUGAUGAAUCAGAUGAUGAGACAGGAGGAAGGUCAAGUGGCAGGAGAAAGACAUAUGGAAGGAAGAUAGGUGAUGAUGAUGAACAAGGUUUAUCUGACGAUGGCAGUGAGUUGGAUGAUGAUGAUGGUCGAUGUAGUAGCAGCGUUUACACAAAUACCCACACGUACAAUGCUCCUGUCAGGCAUCCGAAGUAUAAAACAGAGAAUUGGCAGAUAGGUAAGAGCAAUACACCUAUAACUGAGGGAGGUUCAAGAAGAAAUUUUGACCCUUAUUUGAAGAGAACGAUGGCUUCAGAUAGGUUAAGUGACCUUGAGGAAGCCAUGUGGAUUUCAGAUGACGAGGGUGGGCAGAACUCAACACAACCAAGUGAGUGUAGAAGUAGUAGUGACGAGGGGGAGGAUUAUGAUAAGGUGGCAACAUGGGAAUCAGAUGCAGAGGAUGCACCUGGUUCGAGGGCAUCAAGAGGGGCUGGUAAUAGCUUUAGGACUGGUAGUCAAGGGCAAAUGAAGAAAAAUGACGAUACCUGCGAGAGCAAGAUGAAGGCAAAAUGCUCAAAAGACAUGGAUGAAACUUGGGACAGCGACUGACCAGGAUGCCAACUUUGACAUAGAAAUAGGGAUCCAGACAUGUAGUGCAAUUGAGGCUGGUGUUAUUUAUGGUACUUGAUCUGUGCAAACAAAUCAGGAAGAAAGGUAUGGACUAUCAAGUUUAUUGGUUACUGGAAGUUUGUGCUUUCUAGUUGAAUGCUUUUUUUACAUGGGCAAGGAAUCAAGCUUAACUAUUUCUUCCUGUCUGCUGCUUUUGAUCUACAUGUUUGAAUUUGGAUGAAGUACUAACAAGGCACAGACACUGGAAGUGCACCUGAAUUUCUUCAUCUGUAGUUUUCUUGUAUCCACAUUGUUUAAGUAGCAAUUUCUAUUCCCUUCUCAUAAUGUUUGUCAAAGCAAUUCAAUGAAUCUACAGUGGUGACACUUGUAUAUUACUGUUUCAAUAAUAUAUUCAAAUAGACUCUUGGGGGGG